AUGGUGUUGACAGCCAAGGAGCAAGAUGCAAUUCUCCAGAGCUGCAUCAGCGACAUUAAACAACAGUCAAAUUUGAUGAAGAAAGACCUAGACGAAAACAAACUACUACCAGCCCUCAAGCACUGUUCCAACCUUUUGAAUGAGUUGAGAGCCAAUCAAUUGACCCCCAAGCAGUACUAUGAGAUGUACAUGAUGGUUUUUGAUGCGUUGGAGAUAUUAAGCGGCUACUUGCUCAGUAGCUACAAUGCAAAGAUGAAGAAGAAGUCGAAAAGUGACGAUAGUGCUGCCAACGGCAGCGGCAGCAGCAAGGGUUCACCGAAAUCACAAAAGGUUAACAACAACACAACGUCUGCGUUUUUGGCGGAUCUCUAUGAAAUUGUGCAGUACUCGGGAAACAUUAUACCUCGAUUAUACAUGAUGAUUGUUAUCGGAACAACGUACAUGAAUACCAAAGGAGCUCCAACUAAGGACUUGAUGAAAGAUAUGACCGAGAUGUGCCACGGGGUGCAGUAUCCAAUUCGAGGCUUGUUCCUACGCUACUACUUGUCGCAGAGAACAAAGAACUUGUUGCCGUAUGAGACAAGAGCCGACUUUAACGAAACUGUUGAUUUUCUCAUUGCAAAUUUCAUUGAGAUGAACAAGUUGUGGGUUAGAUUGCAGCAUCAGGGCCAUUCAUCCGAGCGAGAGAUUAGAUACAGAGAGCGUGAAGAGUUGAAGAUUCUUGUGGGUUCGAAUUUGGUUCGCUUGAGUGAAAUAAUGGACAACUACAAAGACACGACUGAAGAAGCAGAAGCAGAAGCAGGAGCAGAGACAGAAGCGAGUAGUGGGUUUUCACAGAUUGAAUUUUACAAGGAAAAGGUCUUUCCUACCAUUGUUGAGCAGAUUAUUCAGUGCCGGGACCACUUGGCCCAGACUUAUUUGAUCGACGUCUUGAUCCAGAUUUUCCCCGACGAAUUCCACUUUGCCACGUUAGACACAUUGUUGAACCAAGUGUUUCUUAGCUUGCAUCCCACGUUGAACAAGAGCGAGUUGGUGAGUGCCUUGAUAGAAAAGUUUAUUUCGUACAACAAAUUCGCCGAAGACGCAUCCACUGAAGUAGAAGAAGAAAAAGGAGAAGAAGAAGAAGAAGAAGAAGAAGAGGGCGAGGUCAAUGGGGACACAGGAGGAGCAAGAGCCAGAGUCGAUUUUGGCAAAUUAAUUGACAUUUUCUGGAACUUUUACAUGAAAUUGAACGAAGUUGACCCCAACUUGUCACCUGCAGAGCACAGCAGCUUGUUGCAGUCCUUCAUCAAAUUGUCGCUUACUUUUGACCCGGGCAAUUUCAAAAUUCUAGACACCAUCUACAAGUUUGGCUCUGAACAAUUGAUCAAGGACCCAGAGCAAAGUGUAGAGCAGCAGGAAAUGCUAUUGCACUUGCUCCUUGAGUCUGUCUGCCAUUUCAAAAACAUAAAGACAAUCUUGACUUUUCAGAAUUUCUUUACAUUUUACGAAAAGUUGAAUCCCAGCUCGCAACACGAGAUUUCGAUUGCGCUCAUCGAUAAUAUCUUGCAAGUCCACGCGGGUGAUUACUUCAGCAGUAUCAACGAGAUUGAUGAGAUUUUCAAGUUCAUGACGGUUUUAACAAAACAGAGCAUUGGAAAAUUGGAUACGGCAAAGGACUUGGGUGUGACGAGAACUUUCAAAAUCAACAAUGGCGAAAAAUUAAUCACCCCCGAUUACCUUGAAACGCAAGAAAAAGUGUGCAAAUUGAUCCAAAUAGUAGACGAUCCAAGUGAUUUGCCCAAGAGCAUUGCCAAUUUGAUAUACUUGAGGAAAAAGUAUUUGAACAAGAAUUUCGAAAGCAUCAUAUACACCUAUCCUACGUUAUUGUCCAAAUUGCUUUACAAAUUAAAGUUGCUUGGUUAUUCCAAGUUGCGGAUAAGAGACCAGCAGAGUCGUGCAAAGCUCGAUCGCCUUUUGAUAUCCAAUUUCAAAAACUUGUCGGUCAUCAUUGAUGAAUUGUAUCAAGUGCAUCACGAGUAUUCAUCUGAGCUAAUUUUAAACUUGUACCUAAAUGCCGCUUCUGUUGCCGACCAGUUGCAAUUGAGUUCGAUUGCGUUUGAGUUGUUCAAUCAAUGCUUUGUCGUUUAUGAAGAGAACUUGCACAUAUCGGCACACCAGUAUAAACCCUACAGCGAGACUAGCGCUUACGAUUCACUUGCGAGUGGCUCGGUUGCUUAUCAGUCAAUAACUGCACUUGCCAACGCACUAGUGACGACCAGGAAUUUGAGCAGAGAGAAUUACGAUGACUUGAUUACGAGAUUGACAUUGUCGGGAAGCAAAUUGCUGAAGAAGCAAGACCAGUGUCGAGCUGUUUACUCGUGUGCCCACUUGUGGUGGUGGACUGAAUUCUUGUUGUCUCCCGGGGAGAAAUCUCCAACCGUUGUACAGGAAAACAGAGGAAAAGAGAAAGGGGAGCACACGGUGGAGGACAAGGGGGAGGACAAAGGGGAAGAAAAAGGAAAAGACAAGGGGGAAGAAAAAGGGGAGGACGAACUGGCUCUUUUAUACCGAGACCCCAAACGAGUAUUGGAAUGCUUACAACGAUCUUUGAAAAUAGCAGAUUCAAGCAUGGAUCCCUACCUCACCUUGAAGUUAUUCAUUGAGAUCUUGAACGAGUGUCUCUUUUACAAUAUCCAUGGAAAUGCCAUGGUGGAUAGCCGAUAUAUCAAUGGGUUGAUCAGUUUGGUGAGGACCAACAUGGAUAACUUGAAAGAGGAAGGAGACGGCGAUUUCGACAACGACCAAGACAGUAAAGAAGCAAGACUAUGGAAUCACUGUCAGCUAUUCUUCAACCAGACCAUCAAAUAUGUCACUGAACAGCAAGAAUCCGAAGAUAGAUUUGCAGGUGUCUUUGCAUGA